CAACAUGCAAUGCUCUCUACUGCCCGCCUAACCAACACUGUGUGGAGAAAGUCCCCGGAGGCGCUGGGACUUGCGAAUGCGCUGCAGGAUACGUCGCGCGAGGCAAAUACUGUGAUGCCACAUGCGCAGUCUAUGAAUGCGGUCAAAACGAAGUAUGCGAGAUGGUGAACCUCAGACCAACGUGCAACUGCAAGCCAGGAUAUCUCGGGGUCCCAGGAUUUUGCAAGCCGCCGUGCUCAAUACGAGUGUGUGGUCUCAACGAGGAGUGUGUGGAGAGGCAAGACACGUCUUACUGCCGAUGCAAGUUCGGAUACAUGCAAACUCCUUAUCGCACCUGCGCGC